GGCGAGCAAGAGGCGAGCAAGAGGAGAGCUGCGCACCAGAAGUCAUCCCAUCCGCAGCUCGUUGCGAACUUCUCGAGGCGAUGUCCAGUUCCGCCAUGAAGAAAAAGCACCUGGUGGCGAGUGGGCUCCGAUGCCGGUCCGACGUGGCAGGCCCAAACGUAUUGUGAGGGUCUGCUGGGAACGUCUGGCGGAAUCCCCUGUCAGGAGGAGUUUCAACUCCCACCUCCGACAGAACUUUGCUCACGUUCCGGGGGGAGGCGGGGGACAUCGAGUCCGAGCGGACCGUGUUCCGCGCCUCCGUUGCCGAGGCGGCCGACCGGAGCUGUCGCCAGUCGUGGCGGCGAUCCCCGAACACGUUGGUGGACACCGACGGCGAGGGACGCCGUCAAGCUGAAGAAGGAGUCCUAUCGGGCCUUUUUGCCCCGUGGGACUCCUGAGGCAGCUGACCAAGCGGAAUGCGGCUUUGGCGGUCGCCGAAGCAAAAACUCGGACAUGGGAGGAGUUCGGUGAGGCCAUGGAGAAAGACUUCCGGACGACCGGAGUCAGAGUUUGGUCCGCAUUGCCGGCAGUGUUAUUGAUGGGAAAAAGCGGGUCGGGAAAGACCAGCAUGAGAUCAAUCAUCUUUGCCAAUUACAUUGCUCGAGACACGCGUCGCCUCGGAGCAACAAUUGACGUUGAACACUCCCACGUGCGCUUUCUUGGCAAUCUCGUUCUAAACCUUUGGGACUGUGGAGGACAAGACACUUUCAUGGAGAACUACUUCACCAGCCAGAGGGACAACAUCUUCAGGAAUGUGGAGGUGCUGAUUUAUGUUUUCGACGUGGAGAGCCGCGAGCUGGAGAAAGACAUGCAUUACUACCAGUCGUGUCUGGAAGCCAUCCUGCAGAAUUCCCCCGACGCUAAAGUCUUCUGCUUGGUGCACAAAAUGGAUCUGGUGCAGGAGGACCAGAGAGACUUGAUCUUCAAAGAGCGCGAGGAGGACUUGAAGAGACUGUCGCGACCUUUAGCUUGCACGUGCUUCAGGACGUCCAUCUGGGAUGAAACCCUCUACAAGGCGUGGUCCAGCAUUGUGUACCAGCUGAUCCCGAACGUCCAGCAACUGGAGACCAACCUGAGGAACUUUGCGCAGAUUAUCGAGGCAGAUGAAGUCCUUCUGUUCGAGAGAGCAACUUUCCUGGUGAUCUCCCACUAUCAGUGCAAAGAGCAGCGGGACGCUCACCGAUUUGAGAAGAUCAGUAACAUCAUCAAACAGUUCAAACUCAGCUGUAGUAAACUGGCAGCCUCUUUUCAGAGCAUGGAAGUGAGGAAUUCCAACUUUGCGGCCUUCAUUGACGUCUUCACCUCCAACACAUAUGUCAUGGUCAUCAUGUCAGACCCGUCUAUUCCCUCCGCAGCCACCCUCAUCAAUAUCCGCAAUGCUAGGAAACACUUUGAGAAGUUGGAGCGCGUGGACGGACCCAAGCACAGCCUUCAUAUGCGAAUGCGCUAGGCGCCGAGCAUCCUCGUCGGAUCGUCUCAGCCAAUCAGCUCCCGGAUCUCGGAUCGCAGCUCCUUUUCGAAACACGAGGAGGCCGCAUCCUCACAUUCAAUCACGCUUAACAUGAGGACUUUACUUUUUUUUUUUUUUUUUUUUGUCUGUUUGUUUCCCGGUCACUUUAAGAAUCUCGAGCGGCGCCGUUUUUGUUUUGUUUUUGUUUUUCUCGUCAACUAUUUGUCCUCCUGUGGCCUAUUAAACAAUGAAAUGAAACCAUGUGUUUACUCUGAAGGGGGAUGUGAUGUACCGAAGACCCCAGUGUUCGGGGGUGGGGGGUGGGGGUUUCUUUUUUUUUUUGUCAGUAGGAAAUGCAACAGCUACUGCGCCAAUGUAUGUGUGCUGUUCUUUGAAAAUACAAGCAAUAUAGUUUUCUUCAGAAAUA